UUCUCUUUCUUUCUUUCUUCUUCUUGUUUUUUUUGGUGCGUAGAAAUCACCUUUUCUGAACUAUCAUAAUCAUAAUUAAAGUUAAUAAAUAGCGCGAGGCUUUUAGGGGUUCCAAGGGGAGCAGUCAUUGGAUGUGGGAGGGAAAAGUUAUUGCGGAUUGGAGUUUGCUUCGAGGAAUGCGGCGAGGGAUUCCAAUGAGAAGAGGAACAAGAGGGAGAGGCGAAGUCUAACCCUAAUCCUAGCCCCAGUUCUCUUGAUUUGAAGUGCUGGUGAGUGAUGGCGGAGGCGGAGGCGGAGGUGGAGGAGAAGAGGGUGAUGAGGGGAGCGGUGGAGGGGGAGAAUGUGGUGGAAGGGUUGGCCGUGCUGGAUUUCGACAUGCUCUGCGCCACCGUGGCGCUCCAGACGCAGGGGUUCUCGGUCGAGAAGAGGCGGAUGGGGAUGUUGGAGGAGGAGGAGGAGGAGGAGGGAGGGGAUUUUGAUGGGCUGCAGCGGAUGUGGGAGGGACAUGUCCUUGAUUGCUUCGAGGACCGGCGGAUCGCGAUCGAGUCCGCAUGUUGCCCGUGCUAUAGAUUUGGGAGGAACAUGCGAAGAGCCAAACUUGGAUAUUGUUUUCUUCAGGGAACUGUCUAUUUUGUUCUUGCAAUUCUUGUACUGUUCAACCUCAUUGCUUUUGGUAUGACCAAGCAGCAUAGCUUUCUAUUUAUCGGUGUUGCUUCUGUCAUCUCAUUUGGAAUAUAUCUCGGUUAUUUUCGGACAAGGAUGAGAAAGCAGUUUAACAUAAGGGGCAGCGACAAUUAUUUAGAUGACUGUGUUAACCAUCUCAUCUGCCCCUGCUGUACAUUAUGCCAGGAGUCCAGAACGCUGGAGAUGAACAAUGUCCAGGAUGGUGUGUGGCAUGGCCGGGGUGACACCAUAUGCUUGGGCAGCGGCGAAGGAAACAAGGCAUUUAUUGCUCUCCAGAAGCCUCCCUUGAUGCCAACCAGGUCACCAGAGCUCUGCAGCAUGGAAAGAAAAUCCGAUGGUGGUGAGCACUCAUGGAGUACUGGUGGUAGCCAUUCGGAACCUCUGGUACCAUCAGCCCAACUGGAACAGCAUUGAUGAAAUCUAAGCUAGCUAACUAUGCAGCAUGGUCAAAUGAGCUUACUGUACCAGCCCAGAGAAGCACUCUAUUAUUUUAAAAUUAUGAUCGGUAGAUCGCCAACUGAUGAGUUGCAAGCUUUUUCCAAUGAUAACCAGCCUGGACUUUGUUGUCUAGAUCUCACGAAGAUCGUAACAAGCAUCGAUGGUGCGAAACAACCCCAUCAUCUAAGCAGUGCUUCGAGUCAGGACCUGGUAGCAGUAGGCUGGCACUGGAUUUGUACUUGGGAAGGGGCACAACCAGCCCUCUGUAUAUGUAAUUCUAGGGAGCUGUAGCUUCUCGCCGUAACAGAACUGUAAAGACUUUAUUCAGGCAAUUUGUUUUAACAUUUUGCCUUCUAAUGGCGUUGAGGCUAGUUGUUAUGAACGUCUUGCCACACCUACUGAUUUCUUGGUGUGGGUGUUAAUAGUUCUUCCCAAACUUUCCUGAGCUCUCUAUCUGAUUUUGCUCAAGCUGGCUUACUUGUACUGGAGGUUUUAUUAUU